AUGUUCCACGGACAGCCUUCGUUAGCAGACAGCCCUGAAUUAUCAGCCGAUACUGAACGCAAUGAGCGUGACUCCUCAGGUCUGGCAGCAGCUAUCACAGGCGCAGUCACUGCCACAGGUGGAAUGAUAUUGGCAGACAAAGUCCUUCAUCAGCGUCCUAGAAGCCGUUCCACCUCGCCUCCUGGUACUGAGCGUGCUCUUGGGCUGGAACACAAGUCUCACAGUAGACCCUCGUCUCCACGAAUGGCCGGUGAUCUAGAUCAAUCACUUACACGUCGUCGCGCAUCCAUGGCCCGUUCAGUCACGGAGUCGCCCACCGCGGUACCGCUGCACUUCCGACGACCACCGACAUCGCCCGGCUUGUCUCGCGCUGUAUCUGUUCCCCCCUCCGCGACAGGAAGGGACUCCCCCACAUCGGCGUCACCAACCCAGACACGACACCGCCGGCCUAAUUCCGUGGAAUUCAGGACAUCACGCGAGAUCCGACCCCUUUGGCUCGUCGACCGCUACGGCACUUCAAAGGGCGAUCUUGUCGAGCCAGGUGAAGACUUGCCCUCUCUUCCAUCUAGCAAGAGUUCGUCUCGAUCUCCAUCUUUUGAUAAUCUCCAGUCUUUGCAGGAUGAUGGCAUGCACAGCUGGGAGCCUCGGGAUGAUACAGCACCUUCGAUGAUGCAGGGUCGAAAACCGAGUCUGACGAUUUCGACUUCUCGUGCCAAUGAUCAUGUAGAGGGGGAUUUGCUGGACUCGCAGCAAGCUACGCCUACUGCUGGCGAUUUCGGUGGUACCUCUCCGGGUGUCAAGAAGAGCAAGCCAACGUACGAAUUCCACUCUCCGUCCGAACUACUCCAGAAUCCGGAGAUGUUCCCGGAGGUACCCGCACCUUCACUUUUGGAGAAUCUUCCUUCCGCCGAGGGAUCAGUCGCCGGAGAUAAAGAUGUCGAUGAGCCACAGCUUACAACUGACGAGGUCGAGCCACCCCAGGCAAAUCAAUCCAGCGAGGGGGUUGGAUUCGCCAAUGUGGCUGACGCCGCUGUGUCAGCUGCUGUCGAAGAUCACGACCAGCCGAUUGCUUCAACAUCGGGUGAUGCAGUGUCGCAGAACAUCCAGGAAGAACCUCGACCUAGGCAAGAUCCCGAAAGAUCGAUCGAAACGGCACCUCAUAUUGCCGGCUUUGCUAGCCUGGUGAGCGCUGCUGUCGCUGCGAAGGACAGCAACGAGAGAAGUCUCGAGGAGAGCGUGGGUGAGCCAGGCACUGCUAUCGAGGAGCCCGAUUCUAAGCUCCCAAACAUCGAAUCACUGUCUAAGCCCGAGUCUGAUCCCGUUGGAGAGCAGCUUCCUGAGACCACGGGCACAGUUACUCAGCCCCUCGAGCCCGCGACAACCGAGUCGGCAAUUCAAGAGCCUAAUAGCCUACAACAGGAGCCUUCAGCGGUGAUCGAGACUGUUGUGACCCAAGAGCCGUCGACUGCAUCUUCGUCAAAGAAGAAAAAGAAGAAGAAGGGUAAGAAGGGCCAGAGCGCAGUCGAGUCCGAACCUGCCGUUGAGCCUGAAGAACAAUCGAUUGCUGAGCCCGCACCUUCUGCGCCCACAACAGUAAAUGAGUUACCCGAUAAUGGCAGUCAGAUGCCUGAAGCCAAUGCUGUUGUGACUCCCGAGAACAAUGAAGUUCCCACGUCUGAAAGUGCUGUGUUGCCUGCCGAGCCCUCACGGGACAUCACUUCAGACUUGCCAGAUCCAACAGCUGACUCAACAGACCCACCGAUGCCUGAAGCGCGGGCUCCAGCUGAGACGACAGAAGUACCAGAGCCCACGAUCGAUGCCACGAUUGAUCCUGUGACCCUACCGGAGUCAGCUCAAGACACUCCCGUGGAUACGGUUGAGCCUGAAAGCAACCUGACACCGGCGCAGAAGCGCAAGGCCAAGAAAGCGGCGAAGAAGAAGGGCAAGAACUCUAUUGCUUCUGAGACAACCGAAGCCGCGGCUGAGGAAAUCAAGCCUUCUCAGGAUUCACUUGAACCGAAUACCCAAGCAGUCGAAGCAGUCCCCGAAAUCGAGGCCAGCGUACCGCAGCCUGCGAGUGAACUCGACACGGAAAAGACAUUCGAAUAUGAUGAGGCUGUGACGACACCCGCCGAAUCGGCAGCCCGUGAUGCUGAGCAGAUCGAGAACAUUGUGGAUACCGAUCAGCUUGAACCGUCUCAAGACUUAAGUGAAGUUGCUGAAGAGCUGCCAAAAGACGUCGAGGUUCCUCUUGCGCCUCUGCUUCCCGAGGAAGUGGUAGGUCAGGCCGAGACGACUGAUCCUGCCCGACAGAGCGAUGAAACAGCCCUUGAUGGUCCUAUUGAUGGCACACAGGCGGAAGAAGCUCGGCCAGAAACUAUCGAGUCUGAACAGACUGUUGACCGUGUCAUUGAAGCUGAAGAUGCACCUGUACCUGUGGAGCAAACCGAUGACCAAAUCCUCCAGGACUCCAUUGCAGCACCAUCUGAAUUCGUCGAGGAAUUCCAGAAUCCCCAAAGCGACGUCCCCAUCGACACCGCCGCUGAUAGAGCAGAGCCUAAGAUCAACGAAACCUCUACUGAGCAAGAAGUUCCCUUGACCGCCGCCCAAAAAAAGAAGGCAAAGAAAGACAAGAAAAAGCGGAAGUCAGCGGGAGUCGAUGAGAACGCUCCUGCUUCGUCCCUCGAGACUGGCUCCGAGACGGUGCCUGCUGAACAGACUCCCGCCGAUGCAGGCUCAAUCACCGAGCCAGCAGUAUCCACGGAGCAGAUUAAUGUUGAGACCCCGGCAGAAGACCAGGCUUCUCCUGUCAGCGAUAAGGAGAGGACGUUACCAGGACCUGAAGGCGAAGCUGCGAAGGAAGAACCACCCGCCUUAGCCAUCGACGACCCUGUUGCUCAAUCACAAUCAGAAACACGGGAAGUGCCUCAAUAUGACGAAGCACCAGCUGCAGAGUCUACUGAAACAACGAAACCCACUUUUGAGACCGAAGAGCAGUCUGUUCCCGAAGUCAACCCGGAAGCGCAACCAGAAGCCGAGCCUGUGGCUGACGCCGACGCCGACGCCGAACCCGAAGCCAAGCUUACACCAGCGCAGAAGAAGAAGGCUAAGAAGGACAAGAAAAAGAAGCAGAAACAAACCUCAACGCCUUCGAAUGAUAUCGAGGAGCCUGUUCAGACCGGAGAAGAAACGCAGUCUGAAAAUAUUCUAGGAGAGCCUGUCCCCGUUGCAGACAAGGAAAAGAACCUUGUCGAGCCUGCAGCUGAAGCUACCAAAGAAGAUCCUGUCCCAGUUGAGGAUGAACCGAUUGGGGAUACGCGAACCGGCUUGACCGAAGUCAUUGGCGAUGGAAUGGCUCCAGCUUCAGAGGCUGCUGAAGCCACGGAGUCUGUACAGGUCCCGGAGGUGACGGAGGUGGCACAGCCAGCGGAGACAACAGAGUCCGCAGAGGCCACUCAGCCUGGCGAGACUACUCAACCCACCGAGAUAAUCGAGUCCACAGGGCCUAUUACGACCACGGAGCCUACCGAAGCGAUUGAGAGUACAGAAGUCAUCGAACCGACCGAGAUUUUCGAGCCUGCAGAGGUGACCCAACCCGCUGAGGUUGUGGAGCCCAUUGAGAUCACGGAGCCUACUGAAGCCACUGAGACUACGGAGGUCAUCGAAACGGCCGAGACUGUUGAGCCUGCAAAGGCGUCUCAACUCGCUGAGGUUGUGGAGCCCAUUGAGAUCACGGAGGUAACGGAGCCUGUCAAUCUUUCAGAGACCGCAGAAAGCAUACAGCCUACAGAGCCUGCUGCAGAAAUCGCUGAUCAGCCCAUUGCUGAGAUUAUCCAGGAGUCGAAAGCUGCACCUGAGGCUGAGACUCCGCAUACUCCGGCACAAAAGAAGAAGGCCAAGAAAGACAAGAAAAAGAAGCAAAAGCAGGCAGAGGCACCUUCAGACCUUGAGAUCAAGUCUGUUGACCCAGAAAGCGCAGAAUUGCAGCCAAAUGAAGCAGCGGAUGCUCCCCUUCAUCCACGUGAGACUGUUGAGCCUUCGAAAGAGGAAGACCUGGUUGCAGAAGUGGACACUCCAGCUGGACCUGCCGCGCCAGUCGAAGCCUCAGUUGAUCCCGAGUGGCCAAGUGAGGUGCCGAGAGAUGGCAAGGCUUCCUCUCCGCUCGACGAUACGAUAACUGGUGCCGGAACGGUCGAGGAUACGCGGGUUGGUGCUGGUAUGCCUGACGAGCCAAAGGAAGAUAUUCUGCCUUCAGCUUCUGCGCACAACCCCGAGCCCGAGACUGUUGCUUCUGAGACUCGUGUCACAAUUGACCCGGCAGUUGAGACAACUGCCAAUGCAGAUCUGCCUGGACCAGCGCAGACCACAGAGGAGUCUCAAGCCCCAAUGACGGCAGCUGAAAAGAGAAAAGCUAAGAAGGCAAAGAAGAAGAAGCAACAACAAGAGAACAAAGAGCCUGAAUCACCUUUCACGGAAGCUGCGGAUCCUCUGGAUUCUCAAGAAGUUGAGCCUAGAGCUCAAUCGCAAUCCGAGCAGCCGGAGGAGCCCUUUACAAGUGAUACUGCCGGCCCUUCUGAUGCACAUGAGUCUCUCGAACAGAGCAAAGACGCGUCUCAGUCUGAAACUCCUGCAAAUGAAUCUGAACCUGCCCAUCAAGAAGAUGUCCCCACGGAGACCCUGAUGGCCGAGGAUGCAACUCAGGCCUCUCCGGAUGCAGCAGCGCCUAUAUUCGGAGAAGAUGCCGCUGAGACUGAUGAAAGUACGAAGGAUCUCAAGACAAACGGCGAGGCUUCUUCAGAAGAGCCUUUGAGUCUCAUUCAUGAUGCCACCCUAGAAGAUAAGGAACCUCAGACUCUUCUCGCGGAGGAGCCUCCAGCUGCGGUGGAAGUCCCUCUCACCGCGGCACAGAAGAAGAAGGCAAAGAAGGACAAAAAUAAGCAGGAAAAGAAGCUGUCAUUGCAGGCCGACGAACAGGACUCACCUGCGAGUGACAUUCCUCCCAUUGAGCAGUCUGAGGUGACAGAAGAAGCAAAUGCCACGCCGGAGGUGAAUGUUCCUGAGGUAGACCCAACUACUGAAGGCAGUGUUCCAGCGGAGGUAGUAGCUUCUCAAGGCGAGACGCUACCGGCUGUCACAGCAGAUGUCCCUGCAGAAGCCCAGACUGAAGAAGCCAAAGAUACAGCAGCCGAAGAGCCCGCAAUUCCUGAGCUCGAUGCUGAGCCAACCGUUGAGACCACUGAUGUCUCGCCUCCAGAGGACACAGAUGCUGCAACGCAGUCGGCUGAAAUUAGCGAGCCAAUUGAGAAGAGCGAGCAGGACAGUGUCUUGCCCAACGCCUCAUCAGAGCCUCCGGCGGCCCAGCCUCCAAGCGACGCGGACCCUGCUAUUUAUUUACUUGAUUCAUGUUCACCUACAGCUCCCGAGGAUGCGGAUACAAUUUCGGCACCAGAGGCAAAAGAGCCACCAUCCGAGCCUGAAGUCCAAGCACAACCUGAACCAAUUGAAGCUGUCACGCCAACAACAAAGAAGGAGAAGAAAAAGAAGAAGAAGAAGGGCAAGUCCUCUUCUGUCGACGAAGAAUCACAAUCUCAGGCGGCCAAUGGAGAAGAUGACCUACAGCUGGGUGAUGAUGCCAAUGUUGUCACAGCGCAGCCGGUCCAAGUUACCUCGUCAGACGAUGCCCCGGUAACUUACUCUGACAAGCCUGUCAUUUCUGACGAACCCCUUCUCAACAAUGAGGACUCAGCACUAUCAGCGGCCGCCGAACCUGAAGCCACAAUCACUGAAUUCUCGGAACCUGCAGCUGAAAUUGUCGAACUCAAGCAAAGUGCCGAAGACCAGCCUACGACGACCACAGAGCCCCUCCUCAACAAUGAGAAUUCAACACCCUCCGCUCUCGCCGAACCCGAGGCCACAAUCACCGAAUUCUCGGAAUCCAUAGCUGAUAUUGGGCAACCCGAGUCAAGUGCAGAGGUCCAGUUUACGACGACUACAGAGCUCCCCCAUGAAGGUUUUGGCACAAAUGACGCAAGCCUCCAGGAUCAAGACAGGGAGGACGCGAAAGACUCCAUUGAGAAAGCAGAGACAGAAGCGCCAAUGACUGCCGCACAGAAGCGCAAAGCCAAGAAAGACAAGAAGAAGCGCAAGUCGGUGGCGGUUGAAGAGGCAUCUACCGGUGAUCAAGCGGAUUCUCAACUUGAGAUGGAGCAAGCUCCCAAUGCUGAAUCAAGCGAAGCUCAAGAUGAUACAACAGGUCAGGCUGCUGUUGACCAAGAAGCCGGUGAAGCUGAAAAGGUAGCAGAGGUUCAUGCUUCAGAGACUGUUUCUGGUCAUGAUUCUACCUUCGGGACGAUUGCAACGGACUCAGCAUCGCCUUCUGCAGAGCCACCUCUUCUGGAAGUGAUAGACGAGGGCGUCACAGCACAACCCGAUACUGUCAGUGAACCAAAAGAAUAUUCAUUGCCAGAACCAGGGGGUGAGGAGCCCGAACCGCCCAAGAGCGAAAAUCAUCUCGAGACAGUCAGCGACGCCACCAAUAUUGUCGAUGAUUCACCCAAGACAAGCGAGGAAGCCCAUUCUCGACUGGACAACGCCCUCCCUGAAUCUCCAGCCGACGAUGGCUUGUCAGCGAAGGAGCGUCGCAAACUGAAGAAAAAAGAGAAGAAGAAAUCCAAAUCUGCAGACCCUGGAGAGGACGCAUCUUCUCCAAUUUUGCCCGCGAAAGAUAUUGAUGUAGGACCAGAACAAUCUCAACCGAAGCCCGUCAUGGUUUCGACGACUCAGGAGCCGACGACGGACCAAAACAAUGCCAACGACGGGCAAACGAGUGAUUCGCUCAAUAUCGAUCAGAUUGGCGAGGUCCAAGAAGCUGAUGAAGCUCUGCAGCCAUCGGAAAGUCAUGUACUUGACCCAGAGACGAGCUCUGCAGCAGUAGCAGAACAACCCACAGCUUCUGAGCAAGCCGAUGUGCAUCUAAAAGAGCCAUCACCAAUUGUCGAGUCGCUUGGGCAAACUGCGGAGCAAACGACCGAUGAGCCUUCUCUCACCGCGAAAGAGAAGCGAAAACUCAAAAAGAAAGAGAAAAAGCGGCAAUCGAAAGCUCUUGAUCCUGACGACGUUCCCCCUUCUAGUCCCGUUGCGGAACCUCAAUAUGCCCCUCAUGAAUCAAAGCAACCAGAUGAGACCGAAUUUUCAUCACGGGAUAUUGCUGAGCCCGUGACGGCAAGCUCGCCUGCGGAGAAAGACGGUAAAGAACUUCAGUCCCACGACAAGGAAGCGCCCGUGACGCCGGAAAAUGAAUUGGCUUCGACUGAUGAGUUCUUGUCUUCGCAGGUAGAGCAGCCGCAGCCAGAGGCUGAAUCUUUCGAUGAGGUUGCCCGGCCAGAGAUUAUGGGGGUCACUGAAGCCGAAGAAAAAAGAGAAGAUGUGCAGCAAGACGAGGACACUCAUUCAUUUGCCCAGCAGUCCGAGCAUCAACAGUCCGGAGAAGGGGAGAUUGCGGAGAAUGAUGUGAGCUUGUUCAAGGAGGAGGGUGCUUUAAACUCGGAGACUCCAGUGUCUACAGAGGAGAACGUGCGCGAAGAGAGCGCUCAAGCGCAACCCGCGAUCACUGUCGAAGAGGAGCUUCCGGCUGAGACACAAGCUGCCGAUGUUGCACGGGUAGAACAUGUCGAAGAGCCUGCAUUGUCCAAGAAGCAAAAGAAGAAGGACAAGAAAAAGAACAACAAUAAGGCCCAAGCCCCGGACGAAGACUCUAUUCCCACAACGCCGUCGAUGUCUUUGGUUGCUGAAGCACAAUCUGAACCUAUCCCAGAGCACAUUGAAGAGUCCUCUCCACACCCAGCAGUCGAGCAAAGCCCGGUCGUUGAGCAACAUUCAACAGCUGCACCCAUGCACUCAUCAGAUCGGGCGCUUGAGGAUAAAGAAAAUGACAAAGCCACUGAGGCAUUGCAAACAAAUCAGACAGCGGAUGAGGACAGAGAUCCACCAGGAACAGAUCAGGUCGCUUUCCAGACCGAGCCACCAGCUGGGGAGCUACCCUCGACCGAACGAUCGAUCGAGGCAGACAAGGAGAUGAAUUUUGAAGACUUGCCUAGUCAGCAAGAUGAAAAGGAGGAGGCAUCUGAAAACUCAAAGCACGAAUAUGAUCAGCCAGUGGUGCCUGAUGGUUCGACCCUCCUGUAUCAUUCUCAGGGCGAGGAUGCAGUUGCCAAGCAAGACGAGAUUCCGGCUGAGCCUCCCAAUGAGCAUUUCACUGAUACUGUACAACAAGACGAGCAAGCCGUGGAGAUAAACCCGACUUCCAAUGAGGAGAUACAGCCGGAGAUCUCAGAGGCCGCUAUUGUAUCCACGCCAGCUCCGCAAGGAAACGAACCGCAAGAUACCGUGGCGGAUCAUACGAGUCUCGAUGCAUUUGACCAAGAUGAGCGAGCUGUCCCAGAGCCCAGCGGAUCUCCAGAAGUAGCUGAAGCACAUUCUUCUGCAGGUGAGCAAGCAGCGGAAGCGGAGGCUCCUUCUAAGAAGAAGAAGUUGAGCAAGAAAGAAAAGAAGGCGUUGGCCGCUGCCGCUGCCGCUGCCGCUGCGGCGCUUGAAGCCGAGACAAGCACAAUUGAACAGCCUCAGCCUGAGGUCCUGGCAGAGCCUGUCCCUCAAAUGGAAACCUCUGACCAAUUGCCAGAUGACAACUCGAAGGACGAGCCUCCCCAAGCCAUUGACUCUAGACUGAUUGUCCAGAUCCCCGAGAAGGAACACAAGAUCGACAAUGAAAAAACGCAAAAUGAGUCAGGCUUUGAAGUUAUUGAAGCGACAGCUCUUGGUGAGCUUGACUUGGAGAGACAGAAUGUCGAUGAAGCCAAGUCUGCUGAGCAAGCCCCUGUGGAGCUCGUCUUUGAAGAUUCGGUACCCAAGUUGACGGUCCCCGAAGAGAGAACAGCCGAAGACAUGGCGAUCGACGCACCAAUGCUGGAGAGGCCCGACGUUGAAAUUCACGAACCAGCUUCCCAGGAGGUGAUCAAUUACCUUGUGGAUUCUGCAGCGAAGCAAGAUGAAUUCGAAGAACCGCAAAUCCAUGAGGCAGCUGUCGAGGAGUCGCAACUACUCCAGUCGGUCACAGAUGAACCAGCAGUGUCCGUUGAACACUUGGGAUCCAGGGAGCCGCAAGUCAAUGAAAUGACCCAAGAGAAGCUGCAUACUGAAGAGCCGACCAUCACAGACUCGGUAAUUGAGCCUUCCAUGAUCCAGGGAUCACCUGCACCGGACCCUGCACUUGACCGUAAACUCUCGAAGAAAGAGAAACGCAUGCUCAAGAAACAAGCCGAGGCAAAUAUUGACGGUGAGCCUCAACAGUCAGAUGAGGCUCCCCCAGACCUAAGCGCAGCCACGCCAGCCGUGAAGGUAUCCGAUCCAUAUCUAUCCAAUCUGGCCGAAGUAACGGCCCUGAACGGUAAUACGGAACCUGUUGGUCUGCUUACGGAGCCCCAUAAGGAGGCAGAAGUCACCACGACCCAACAAACAGAGCCUGCGAGUGGCUACAGUCGCAGUGAUGCUAUUCCACCUACGGAAGAUUCAUCUAUUGUUCCCACUGGCGAAAGCAAUUUGGCAAAGAAGAGGUCUGUGGAAGCGGAAGAUGCACCCCUUUCAAAGAAACUGUCGAAGAAGCAGAAACGCAAAGCCAAGAAAAACACUGCGUCAGAGAUAUCGGAACAGAAAUCCAAUGAUGUUGCCUCAAGUUCCACUACAGCCACGGCAAUCGGGGACACUGACGCUGAGCAAUCAAGAAUCUUGGACAAUGAUGCCACUGCUCCUUCAACUGAGCCAGAGCAACCAAAACUCCAAGAGCAAAAGCAGCCGCAAGAUAUCACACGAGAUGCUGAUCCUGCGUCCCAGGGUUCCGAAAAUACCUUUGGAAAAAAUCCACCUGUUUCCGACUGGAGACCCGCAGAUGCAUCUUAUCAAACCCCAUCCGAUGCUCAAGAGGUUGAGGUUGAGCCUGAGGUGAUACCCUCUUUGCCACAAAUCACCUCAGUGACAAACGCCGAACAGGCGAGUCGUGCUUCGGAUACUAUAUCUCUCAAUGAACAGGCCACUCAACAGGCGCCUCACCCGGCUACCGACAUCAGCGACGAGACCAAGAACGUUCCCACAACGGCUGAGCUGGAGAAGAAGGGAGACGACGAAGAAUGGCCCGUGAUUGAAUGGGGGGACGGCCAGGGUCACGAGGAUGAACCAUCGAUUGAAAGGGCUCCCGAGCCUGAGAACGUGACCCCUAUGCCUGAAGCUGAGACCAUUGAGGAAUUCGACGAAUCUGCGAUCCCGUCAGCCUUGCAAGAAGCUUGGACAGAGCCGCAGCAGGACUUGGCACAGAGUCAGGAGGAACUCUCACCCUCACCCCCGACUCUGUCAAAGAAAGACAAGAAAAAAGCCAAGAAGAACAAGCGCAAGUCGGAGCAGGCAGCAGCGCUUGGAGGUGAUGGUCAUGCUUCCGGCAAUGACCCUGACCGAGCCCUAGAACCCGACAGCGACAAUACUCAGAAAAUUAUCCAGACCUCAAAGGAGCCCGAGCUCGAGACCGAGGCGCCCGCUCGCACCACCACCCCUGGUGGCUCAAAGAUAGCCAGUCUGUUCCCUGAGCUUGAGCGCAGUGGAUUCCGUCGGUCGGCCUUGGACAAGGACGUGCUGUCGCCAAAAGACCAAGCCGAGGAUGAGACCGUGCCAGCUAUACAAAUCGAUCGCGACAUAGCGAUCUCGGUCUCGGAGGCACCCCAAGCGACCGCCAAAUUGCAUGAGAAGUUAAAUUCAAUUCCCGACGUUGAUUCUCAAACCGAGCUCCAAGCCUCGACCGCUGCAGACGCUGCAAAACAGGCAAACGCAGGACAUGUCCCUUCUCUACCAGAAGAGGUUGAACUUCAAGAUGGUGGCACUUCUCCAGAACAGUUACCUCCUUUGAUGGACCCCUCUCGGUCAAUGAAUGUUCUCGAUACGACGUCGCCGCGCCGUCUAUUGCCAUCACAAAUGGACAAUGCGCCGGAAUCGCCAUGCGGAUUGCGCCGAACGCCCUCAGUGAUCCGUGGACGUCACCAGCAGACCCCCCGGAUGUGGAAUUUGGAGGAAUCGAAGGAAUCGUUCGAUGCCACUCCCACUGCUUCUUCUUCGCCUCCUCGUUCCCUCUUCGGUGGACCUCGUGAGGAAGCCCACUCUCGACCCCGGACUCCGCUGGACCCCAUUGCGGAGCAGCCAGGCGAUGGACACACUCCAGCCCCAGGUCGUGGCGGGACUCCCCGUCUUGAAAUGAAGCCCGAGCACGUUCUCCCCCGGCCUCACACACCUGUGCGAAAAUUCACAGACAAUGCUAUUGCCAGAGAAGCAUGGCCGACUCCCGAAAAAGACCGACUGGGUUCAUCGCCCAGUCUCGAUGAUCUUUUGAAGGCGACUCAAAGCGGCGGUGAACCGAGUCCUGCCCUUACUCAAACCCCCGAACAGGGUAUGCCGGUGUUGAAGCCAAGCAGCAGCAAGGGUAAGCUGCGGCGCACCAACCGCAGCACCAGCAGCGAUCUGCGGGGCGCUAGCAAAGCGCUAGACUCUUCCCAGCCUUCGCCCAGUCUCGAUCUCGCCCAACUUCCUUCCUCUUCCUCUUACGACCCCGUCACCGACAAGGGCAAACGUCCUUUACGAAAUAUGUCGGAUGUCUAUGUAAGUGUUUCAUGA